AUGCUCGUUGAAAACAGGGACCAACUUUUCGACCUUUUUGACUUGAAGAAGAUUGACCUCCUUGCUUGUUUGCCCCAAAAGACCGGAACGACAAAUUGGCAACGAUACUUUGCCGCGCUGCUGCAUCCGGAACGCGAGCCAGAGAGUUUUGGAAUCGACGAAAUCUUCAAAGUUUUGCCUCGGUACAAAGAGAAGAAUGAGAUUGACCAGGAGAAAAUCCACGAAGUAGAAAUGCGAAUGAUCAACGUUCGCCACCCAUUUGCCCGGCUUCUUUCCGCCUGGCGACAGAAGUUUGGGAAGAACUUCUGGAAUUUGGACUUGUACGUCCGAAGAUUUGGAGAGAGCAUUUCGAAGUUUGAGGAGAUCAAUUACGAGAACGAAAAUGUCUUUUCUUUUCGAGCGUUUUUGGAAUACAUCGUCGAUGUCGCCGAAAUAAGCAAGUUUGAUUAUCACUGGAAAACCAUGGAUUUUGAGUGCUCGCCUUGCUUCGUGGACUACACGAUCGUGACGAAGCAGGAGACUUCUUCGACGGAUGCCGAAUUUGUCACCGAAUGCGCUCAACUGAAAGGGUUGACCCACUUGCCGGGGCAGUAUUCUGACUCACCGCUUCUGAGCUCUGGCCUGAUCGACUUCUACAAAGACAUCCCAGAAGAAAUCAUCAAGAAACUUUACAAAAUCUACUUUGUCGACUUUUUGUUAUUUGGCUACUCGAUCGACGAGUUUCUAAGUCAGCAAUAA